UCCCCCAUACCCGACUGUUGUGGGCACUGCGGGGUCAUACGCGCUUGGGCUGCCCCUAUCCAGCCCUAGCUUUUGGGUCUUUGGUGACCGCGCGCUCCGGACCUUUUUGCUAUGACGACGAAUCCGACAGGCUGACUUUGGCAGUUGGUAUUUGCAGCCCAGAGUCUGGAGCGAUGGUGGCUUGGACCUUCGGCAGCCUCAGCAGGGCCGCUGCCCGAUGCUCCCGGGUGCUAGGUUCCGGGGUCCGGGCGGCUCCGCGCGCCCCACUGCCCUUCCAGCCCGAGUUCCCCGGCUGCGGCUCCACUCCCGACAGGACGCUGCACCUCACCGUGACGGUCCCCGCCGGCCACAACAAGUGGUCCAAAGUCCGGCAUAUCAAGGGUCCCAAGGACAUGGAAAGGAGUCGUAUCUUUACCAAACUGUGUCUGAACAUCCGCCUGGCGGUUAAAGAGGGAGGCCCCAACCCUGAGCUCAACAGCAACCUGGCCAGCAUCCUAGAGGUGUGUCGCAGCAAGCACAUGCCCAAGUCAACGAUUGAGGCAGCACUGAAAGUGGAGAAAUCCAAGGGCACUUAUUUGCUGUAUGAGGGUCGAGGCCCAGGUGGCUCUUCUCUGCUCAUUGAGGCAUUAUCUAACAGUGGCCCCAAGUGCCUGUCGGACAUUAGACAUAUCCUGAACAAGAAUGGGGGGAUGAUGGCUGAAGGAGCUCGACACUCCUUUGACAAAAAGGGGGUUGUUGUAGUUGGAGUAGAGGACAGAGAGAAGAAAACUGUGAACCUUGAGCGUGCCCUGGAGCUAGCAUUUGAAGCAGGAGCUGAGGAUGUCAAGGAAACCGAAGAUGAAGAAGAAAAGAACAUUUUUAAAUUUAUUUGUGAUGCCUCUUCAUUGCAUCAGGUGAGGAAGAAGCUGGACUCCCUGGGCUUGUGCUCUGUGUCCUGCACGCUCGAGUUCAUCCCCAACUCAACAGUGCGGCUGACUGACCCUGACCUGGAGCAGGCUGCCCAGCUUAUCCAGGCUCUCAGCAACCACGAGGAUGUGAUCCAUGUCUAUGACAACAUUGAGUGACUAAGAUGGACGUGCCUCUGGCCUCCUGCCUCCAGUGGCAGCCCAUAAUGGAGCACAGGCUUCUGUAGCCUUCUCUGAAACCGAAGAAGGUGGGGACCUAGCAGGUUAGGAAGCCUGAGGGAAUCCCACUGUUCCCAGGGCUGCCUUUUCCAGCUGUGCUGAUGUCCCAGGGUCUUCCCUGGACGAGUUUUCUGUUACCCUCCUGGAGGAAGGGUGGGACCAGCCAGCUGGUUUGACUCUGAUCUCAGGUAGUUGGUCUUAUGGGGAUUUUAAGUGCCUCGGGUCCUGUGUACUGGAAACUGCUCUCGAACAAUAACAGCAAUUGAUCUUGGUUCUUGCAUUA